AUGUGUGAGGCAGCGUAUGAUAACUAUACAGAAAACCCUGAAGAAUUUAUGAAAUUUUUAGAGGAAUCAGAGAAGCCGCUGUACAAGGGAUGUCAACGUUACACAAAAUUGAGUGCACUUGUGAAACUGUACAAUACCAAAGCAAGGCAUGGAAUGAGUGAUGCUCUGUUUUCAGAUUUACUAUUGGAUUUUGGGGAUAUGUUGCCAAAUAAUCACAAUUUACCGUCCUCAAUGAAGCAAUAUAAAAACUGCGUAAGUUGCCCUAAAUGCGGCUUGUCACGGUGGAAGUUAACCAAAAACAAGGUUGAGAAGAAAGAUUCUACAAGAGUUGUUGGUCAGUUACGUCAUCCAGUUGAUUCACCAUCGUGGAAGUUGGUGGAUCAUAUGUGGCCCGACUUUGAAAGUGAGCCAAGAAAUCUUCGUCUAGCACUUGCAGCUGAUGGCAUUAAUCCUCAUAGCAACCUUAGUAGUCGGUACAGCUGUUGGCCAAUUAUGUUGGUUAACUAUAAUUUACCUCCAAAUAUGUGCAUGAAGAGGAAAUACAUUAUGCUAACUAUGCUCAUUUCAGGGCCUAAGCAGCCUGGAAACGAUAUUGAUGUCUAUCUGGAGGUGUUAGUUGAAGAUUUGCAACAAUUGUGGGCAGGAGUUGAUGGAGUCUAUGAUGCUUAUCGAAGGGAGUUCUUCACUCUUAAAGGAGUCUUAUUAUGGACCAUCAAUGAUUUUCCUGCCUACGGUAACCUUAGUGGAUGUACUACACAUGGUUAUUAUGCAUGCCCAUUAUGUGGAGAAGAUACUUAUGCAAGACACUUGGAAAAUGGGAAGAAAAUGUCAUUUACGGGCCAUAGGCGAUUCCUAUCACGGUUUCAUCCCUAUCGUAGGCAAAUGAAGGAGUUUAAUGGCAUGGAAGAACUUGGAGAAGUAGCUAGACCAUUAUCUGGGAUUAAGUUGUUUGAGAAACUUUCUGACAUAAGACAUUGUCUUGAUGUUAUGCACAUCGAGAAAAAUGUAUUUGAAUCCCUCAUUAAUACUUUGAUGAAUGUUAAAGGAAAAACCAAGGAUAAUGUGGCAGCUAGGUUGGACAUGGUUGAGAUGGGAAUUAGACCUGAAUUAACACCUAUAGUUGGGGAGAAGAGAACAUAUCUUCCUUUUGCUGUGUGCUCAUUCACAAAAAAAGAAAAGUUACAAGUGUGCAAGUCAUUAAAGGAUAUAAAAGUUCCAGAAGGUUUCUCUUCAAACAUGAAUAAUAUUGUGUGCAUGGAUCAGCUGAGGUUGACUUGCUUGAAAUCCCAUGAUUGCCAUGUUUUAAUGCAGCAUUUCUUGCCAAUAGUUAUACGUGAUGCGCUGCCAAAACAUGUUAGAUAUGCCAUCAUAAGAUUAUGUUUUUUCUUCAAAGAUAUUUGUUGCAAAGUUAUAGAUGUAGCCAAGUUAGAUAAGUUGCAAUCUGACUUGGUUGUUACACUAUGCUUAUUGGAGCAAUAUUUUCCCCCAUCUUUCUUCGAUAUCAUGCUUCACUUAACUGUCCAUCUUGUUCGAGAAGUCCGAUUAUGUGGACCAGUUUACUUUAGAUGGAUGUAUCCAUUUGAAAGAUGCAUGAAGGUGCUUAAGAGUUAUGUAGGCAGUCGAAAACAUCCUGAAGGUUGCAUUGUUCAGAGAUAUUUAGCAGAAGAAGCAAUUGAAUUUUGUUCAGAAUACCUCAAUGACGUUGAUCCUAUUGGAGUUCCUCAAUCAAUUCGAGACCCGAAAGCAAAUGGUUCUGGCUUGCAAGCAUGCAUCACACCAAUUAUAGUGCAACAAGUUGAUCUGCAACAAGCACAUUUGACUGUGCUAGAAAAUAUGGAAGAAGUAUCUCGCUAUAUAAUUGAACAUAAAACUUUUUUGAAAUCAAUGUUUCCCAAAAAAGAGAAAGAUGAAAGGUGGAUACAAGAUGCUCACAACAAGAGGUUUAUUGAUUGGUUUCGUGCAAAGGUGGCUGCUGAAAUUGACAGUUGCAAUGGUGGAACAACAUCGACAUUAACAUGGUUGACCCAUGGACCGCGUGCACAAAUCAUUAAGUAUAAUAGUUAUGUGAUAAAUGGUAAUUUAUACCAAACAAAGGCGCGAGAUGAUGACAGAGUUUGCCAAAACAGUGGGGUCUCUUUAGUUGCCAACACUAUGCUUGUUUGUAGUGCUAAAGAUAAGAAUCCCUUGCUAGCUGAUGUGUCUUUCUAUGGAGUGAUUGAAGAAAUAUGGGAAUUAGACUAUCAUCAAUUUCAAGUUCCUCUUUUCAAAUGUGCGUGGGUUGCAAAUGACAAAGGAAUAAUCAACAAUGAUGAAUGUGGCUUCACCUUAGUCAACUUGAACAAACGUGGACACAAGAAUGACGAAUUUGUGCUUGCAAGUCAAGUCAACCAAGUCUUUUAUAUUGAUGACCCAUUAACAAAGGGGUGGUCAAUUGUGCUUCCAGUUCCAAAUAGAUGUUAUGAGGGAGAUGCUGAUGACAAUUGGAGCAGUAUUCCUGAUUCUAGACCAAUUGAUGAUGUUGAUACUCAUUGCAUUCCUGCACAUGAAAGAUAUAUUAGAUCAGAAAUUGAGGGUGUUUGGGUCACAAAAAAGAAAAAAUGA